AUGGAUAGAGUGAAGCUCGCACAGAAAGUAACGCGCAUUGCGUUUACGAGGGCAUAUACUGCUUUUCAAGCGGAAAAGACGAGACAACCUCUGGACAUAACCUCGUUACAAGUCGCGUACGCGCUGGUGCAAGACAAAGCAAGCGAACUCAAGGAGUUGAGCCUGAAAUUACGGAACUUGAUGAUCGAAGCCGAAGAAUCCGAAGAAGCCCUCUGCAGAGAAAUAGAGCAUGCGGAUGAAUAUGCAGCGAAGUAUCAUCAAGCGAAAUUUGAGGUAACCGGAUUGAUUGAGAGGCAAGAAGCUCACGAGUCCAUGCUGCCGGCACAGUCUCCAUCUCGACGGUCGUAUUCUGCACUCGCGAUGACACAGGAAAGUAUGCGCACACUAAAAUUACCAAAGAUUGAAUUAAGAAAAUUUGGAGGCGAUAUUAAAGAUUGGCUACCGUUUUGGGGGACGUUUAAGAAAAUUCACGUGAAUCCAGAAUUGGCUAAAGAAGAUAAAUUUCAUUAUUUAGUACAGUCUAUGGAAACGGGUUCGCGUGCAUGUGAAGUAGUAAGUAGUUUCCCGCCAACGGCGGAGAAUUAUGAGAAAGCCAUACAGAGCCUCGAGUCACGUUUUGGUAAGAAAGAUUUGUUGAUUGAAUUUUACGUGCGUGAACUUUUAAAGUUAGUUUUGAAUAAGAGUAAAAAGGUGUCGCUUGCGGCGAUUUAUGAUAAAUUAGGAACGCAUAUGCGAUCGCUUGAGACUCUAGAUGUAACAACAGAUAUGUGUGCGGCGAUGUUAUUUCCGUUGGUAGAAUCUGCGCUGCCAGAAGAAACUUUGCGAACGUGGCAACGAAUAAUGAUAUCGUCAACGCUGCAAACAGAUGCAUCUAGUAUAAAUCGCACAGCCAAGGAUCGUCUUAUUAAUUUGAUGUCUUUUCUAGGAAGAGAGGUUGAGAACGAAGAGCGUAUCCUAAUGGCUAAGACAUGUUUCGAGAGUAGCGAUACCCAGGCAUCUAAAGAUAAAGAUAAGAAGAGAAUGAGAUGCGAUCAAGGUCAAGGAGUAGCUACAGCAGCUGGUUUAUUAUCCGUGAAAGAAUCCAAGGCACAACCAUGUUUGUUCUGUGGAGAGAAACAUGAUAGUUCGAGUUGUGAAAAGGCGAAAGGCAUGGAUAUGGACGAGAGAUCUAAGAUCGUUAAAGAAAAAAAUGGCUGUUUCAAAUGUCUAAAGGUAGGACAUAGCUAUAAGAAAUGUUACAGCAAAGAAAAAUGUCCCUGGUGCAGUAAAGGACACUGCCUUUUGAUGUGCCGAAAUCUUUCGAGCAAUAGCGGCCAGAAAUCGGUUGAUGAGAAGCCCAACGGUUCAAAAUUCAACGAGGGAAAUAGUUGUUUGGCUAAUGUUUCAAGUGCCAAAAUAUUUUUACCUAUACUGAAGAUCAGGAUGCGUGGACCGAGAGAAAGUGUAUCUGUUCGUGCCAUUAUAGAUACAGGCUCACACAGAUCCUACAUUUUGAAGAGGUUAGCAAGGGAUCUAGGAUACGAAGCAGAAGGCACUGGCUUGUGGACGGAGGCGCUUAAAGAGAAGAAUGUCCAUCUAAGCGACACCGGUGAAAGUAGAGAGUCUAUUUCUUUGUUGAUCGGAGCGGACGUUGCGGGCAAGCUAUUUACAGGCAAAAUCAUACAACUGAACCAAGGAGCGACGGCUAUCGAGACGAAGCUUGGAUGGACGAUUUUAGGCAGAAAUUCAGAAGAAAGUAGUGACACAGACACUACGCUGAUGGUCGUCUCCAUGUUUUCUCAAGAGGCCAGCGUGUCAGAUUUAUGGAAACUAGACACGUUAGGAAUUACUGACCCGAUCGAGAGCAUAAGUAAAGAGGCACGACAAGAAGAAAUUAAGGCAUUGCUUCAAGAGACAACAAAGAUUACCGAAGAAGGACGUUUCGAAGUCAUCUUACCCUGGAAGGAUAAUCAUCCGCCCUUGCAAGAUAACAGGGACAUGGCUAAAAGAAGAUUGGAUGUCGUCACGAAGAAAUUGAAACAAGAAAACUUAUUCGACGAUUACAAUACAAUCUUCAGCAACUGGCUCGAGGAGGGUAUUAUAGAAAAAGUACCUGUGCAUGAAGUUGACAGAGAGAGUUACUACCUUCCGCAUCGACCAGUUGUCAAGAGAGAAGGAACCACUAGGAUUCGACCCGUUUUCGAUGCCUCGGCCAAGAAGAAGGAUACGCCGUCGCUCAACCAGUGUUUAGAAACGGGACCCAAUCUUAUUGAGCUUGUUCCAGCAUUGCUGCAUCGAUUCAGAGAAAAGAGGAUAGGAGUAACAGCAGAUAUUGCUAAAGCCUUUUUACAAAUUAGCGUUUCUCCAUCAGAUAGAGAUGUCCUAAGGUUUUUGUGGUGGGAUACUAACGGCGAAAUCGAGACUUAUCGUCAUCGUCGGGUUGUUUUUGGAAUAACUAGCAGCCCUUUCCUUCUAGGAGCCACCAUAAAAUUACUCAUUGAGAAUACGUUAAAUUCUACUGUUUCGACACACGAGAAAUUAAUUUACAAGAAAUUGCUAAGAUCCUUUUACGUUGACGAUUGCAUCACCAGUGUCGAUUCUUACGAGGACUUCGAGAUUUUUCAGAGAGAAGCAAGUUCCGUUUUGGAUAAAGCAAGAUUCGACUUAAGAGACUGGAAGUACACAGGCCUGAGAUGCAAGACUCGAUCGACAGUACUUGGACUAAUAUGGAAUACUGAAGAGGAUACUCUUUCGUUGUCGGGUUUCCCCCUACAACCCACCGCAGAAAGGAUAACGAAGAAAAUUGUUUUAUCGCACGUGCAGAAGGUUUUUGACCCAUUAGGAGUGAUCUGUCCUGUGUUGAUGAAAGCAAAACUACUGCUACAGCGCCUUUGGAGCGAAGGUUUAAAUUGGGACACGGAAAUUGAUCCGGAUAGAAAAAAGGAGUUCUUGGAUUGGGCGCAGCAGCUGGAUCUUCUCCGAAUCUUGAGGUUCUCACGCUGGAUUUUCGGUGAGAUAAGAAAUACAGAUACAUUGUCCCUGCAUAUGUUCGUAGAUGCAAGCAAAGAUGCAUAUGCCGCUGUUCUUUUCGUGCGUAUCGAAUCAGACACGGAAGUCAAGGUUCAUCUGGUGGAAGCUAAAUCGAGAAUAGCACCCAAAAGCAAGAAAACGAUACCGCGUCUCGAAUUACUGGCUGCUUCCAUUGGAGCGCGGAUGAUGCAUUCUUUCGACAAGGCAAUGGAUUAUCGAGAUAUUAAAAGAUAUUUUUGGAGCGAUUCGACUACUGUUCUAGCAUGGAUACGACAGACAAAGCAAUGGGCUGUAUUCGUGUGGAAUCGCGUUCAAGAAAUAAGAAGUAUCACAAAUGUCGAGUCUUGGAGAUAUGUGCCGGGGGUUAUGAAUCCUGCGGAUUUACCUUCACGAGGAUGUGAUGCCAAGAAAUUACUCGAGUCAAGAUGGUGGGAGGGGCCCGAAUGGCUAAAGCUGCCCCCGGAAGAAUGGCCGAAGGAUGAAUUUAUAGAAGCCUUCAGAAGAUUUAUAGCCAGACGAGGAAGGCCUUCUGUAGUCUAUAGCGAUAAUGGCAGAAAUUUCGUAGGAUUAGCGAAUUUACUACGAAAAAUUAAUUGGCAGAAAAUUCAGCGAUAUUGCUCUCUUAGCCAAAUCGAAUGGAAUUUCAAUCCACCUUCAGCUGCUUGGUGGGAACGCCUCUUCCGCAUCCUCAAGGAUUUGCUAAGGAGAACGCUGAGGAGAACUUCGUUGAGUUACGAAGAGAUGAACACGGUCUUGUGCAACUGUGAAGCUGUUAUGAAUUCAAGACCGCUUACUUACAUGACAGAAGAGAGCACUGAGACCAUGGCAAUCACUCCAGACAUGUUCAUUAGAAACGUCAAGGAAGCUGGCGUUCCCGAUUUGGACCAGAUCAGCAAGACAAACUUUGCAAAACGAAUCCGUUAUCGCCAAAGUCUAAAGGAAGAAUUGAGAAGGCGUUUUCGCAUCCAGUAUCUAGGACAAUUAUCCAGACGGACGAAAUGCAAGAGCAGUUUCACGCAGGUUGCAGUUGGCGACGUAGUACUAGUCGGAAACGACACCCAAAGACGUUUGGAUUGGCCGCUGGCAGUAGUCAAAGAAGUCCUUCCUGGAAAGGACGGACAUACCAGAGUUGUGAGACUGAAAACGGAAAAGGGAGAAUUAAUUCGCCCAAUACAAAGACUGAUCUCGUUGGAGGUGGGUCAUCACGCGGAAAAAGCUAGCAGAGUCCGUGAGUCAAUCAAAGCUUCGCCUCAAGAUGGAGAGAAGCCGGAGUCUGCUCCGCAGGAGAAGCAGGAGACGGUCGACGAAGAAAAGCCGGAGUCUGUUCCUACAGAAGAAACGGAUCUAAGAACUCGGAGCGGACGACUUAUUAAGAAGCCAGAACGAUUUGAAGCCUAG